UUUAUGUUCCGGCGCGCUGCUGGCUGUCAGCCUGCCCGCUGCUCGGCUCUGAUAGCCGGGGAUGCUGCUUGCCGCGCCGCGGACAGAGAUGGAGUUCAACCGCAGAAACAGCGAAGUGACGGACGGAGUUUGAAACAAAGGGAGGGCGGUUGGCGUUAGUUCACCGCCUGAACUCACCGAUCGGGGGGCUUUUCCCCAUUUUUUUUAUACCGAUAACAGAGAAAUCAAGAAGUCCCGGUGAAGAUGAAGCUGCUGAAGCCGAGCUGGGUGAGCCACAACGGCAAACCCAUUUUUUCAGUCGAUAUUCAUCCAGAUGGGACGAAAUUUGCAACAGGUGGACAAGGGGAGGAUUCUGGGAAGGUGAUGAUCUGGAACAUGGCGCCUGUCCUCAGGGAGGAAGACGAGAAGAAUGAGAACAUUCCCAAAAUGCUCUGUCAGAUGGACAAUCACUUAGCCUGUGUGAACUGCGUGCGCUGGUCCAACAACGGGCUGUACCUGGCUUCAGGAGGAGACGACAAGCUGGUGAUGGUGUGGAAGAGAGCGGCGCUGAUCGGCCCGAGCACGGUGUUCGGCUCCAGCAGCAAGCUGGCCAACGUGGAACAGUGGAGGUGUGUGACCAUCCUGAGGAACCACACCGGAGAUGUGAUGGAUGUGGCGUGGUCGCCUCACGACGUGUGGCUGGCGUCCUGCAGCGUCGACAACACCAUCGUCAUCUGGAACGCUCGCAAGUUCCCAGAGAUGGUGACCUGCCUGCGCGGCCACACAGGCCUGGUGAAAGGUUUGACCUGGGACCCGGUGGGGAAGUACAUCGCCUCGCAGGCCGACGACCACAGCCUGAAGGUGUGGAGGACGGUGGACUGGCAGAUGGAGGCGAACAUCACCAAACCCUUCAACGAGUGCGGCGGGACGACCCACGUCCUGCGCCUGUCCUGGUCCCCGGACGGCCAGUACCUGGUGUCGGCCCACGCCAUGAACAACUCGGGCCCCACCGCCCAGAUCGUGGAGCGCGACGGCUGGAAGACCAACAUGGACUUUGUGGGCCACCGUAAAGCCGUCACCGUGGUGAAAUUCAACCCAAAGAUCUUCAAGAAGAAGCAGAAGAACGGCAGCUCUCCGAAGCCCAGCUGUCCGUACUGCUGCUGCGCCGUGGGGAGCAAAGACCGCUCGCUCUCCGUCUGGCUCACCUCACUGAAGCGCCCUCUGGUGGUCAUCCAUGACCUGUUUGAUAAAUCGAUCAUGGAUAUUUCCUGGACCCUGACCGGUCUGGGGAUGCUGGUGUGCUCCAUGGACGGCACCGUGGCCUACCUGGACUUUUCCCUGGACGAGCUGGGAGACCCGCUGAGUGAGGAGGAGAAGAACACCAUCCACCAGAACAUCUACGGGAAGAGCCUGGCCAUCACCAGCACCGAGGUCCAGCUCUCCACCACCAUCAUCGAGAACCCAGAGAUGCUCAAGUACCAGCAGGAGCGCCAGAACUCGGCCCAGAACAACGCCGGCGCCGCCGCUGCCGCCGGGCCCGAAGCCGCCGCCCCCAAGGUCAACAGCGUGAUGAACGGCGAGUCUCUGGAGGACAUCCGGAAGAACCUCCUGAAGAAGCAGGUCGAGACGAGGACGGCGGACGGGAGGAGACGGAUCACGCCGCUGUGCAUCGCUCAGCUGGACACGGGGGAUUUCUCCCCGGCUCUCUUCAACAGCGCCCCCAUCCUGCCCUCCGGUUCCUCCUUGUCCAAUCAGAUCGCUCCGCAGCUCAGCUCUGACUCCAGCCCGGGUCAGCCGUCGUCUCUGGGCGCCCGGCCCAACCAGGACGGGCUGCUCAUCUCGCCUCCUGCCGCCGGCGUCGCAAAAGUCCUGGAGGACGACAAAGACGGGCUGAAGUCCGGCCUGCUGCUCACCUCGGCCUCCAAGAUCGAGCCGAUGAAGGCCCUGGACUCCCGCUUCACAGAGAGGUCAAAAGCCACGCCGGGGAUCCCGUCGGCCAUCUCGUCCACGGCCGGACUCGCCCCUCUGGAGAGGCCGAAGGACGGCGUCUCCGCCCUGAAGGACGCCAAAGCCAAAGAGGAAACCAGCAGCGACAGCGAAGACAAGAUGGCCGCCAUCAAUAAGAACCUGACGUUCGCCAAGAGGAAACCCGAGCUGCUGCUGGACGGAGGAGAGGUGGUGGAGAAGAGGAAGAAGGGACGGCCCAGGAAGGACAAGAUGGCCGCCUCCAUCCCUCAGCCCUUCACCCAGAUAACUCCUCUUCCUCUGGAGCGGGAGCCAAGCAGAGCGGCAGCUCCUCCAGCUGCGGCUGCCGUUCUGCGGCUGCCAACGCCGAGUCCGCAGAAAGCCUUCAGCCUGCAGGUAAGCAUGGAUCCGUCUGUGUUCCUGGAGGUGGAGAACGACGUCUCGGUGGUUGCCGGUUCGAAGCUCAGCCAGCUGCGUUGCUCCAGGGACGGGCGGGACUGGAACACGCUGCUGCCCAGCUCUGUGUUGGCCGCCGCGGGGAGCAGCGACGUCCUCGCCGUCGCCUGUGACGACAGGAUGCUGUCGGUGUUUUCCUGCUCCGGGCGACGCCUCCUCCCCGCCAUCCAGCUGGCCACGCCCGUCUCCGCCCUGCAUUGCUCCGCCCACUUCGUCAUGGUGCUGACCGCCGGAGCCACGCUGUCUGUCUGGGACGCGCAGAGGCAGACGGCUCUGGUGAAGAAUGAAUCUCUGCAGACCAUUUUCUCUGGCGCUGAGACGACGGUGUCCCUGUCCCUGCUGACCCAGCAGGGCGUCCCGAUCAUCGGACUGUCCAACGGGAAGUCCUUCUGCUUCAGCGUGUCUCUGGAGACAUGGACGCUGAUCGCGGACAAAGGAGACUCUCUGGUCCAGUGCGCCGACUUUAGGAGCUGCCUCCCGUCGCAGGACGCCGGCGCGUCGUCGGGGCCGCUGGCCGUCGUUCAGGGACGCAACCUGAACGCCGGGCGGCUGGCGUCCCGCCUGUCCUCCACGCCGCAUCACCUGCAGCAGAGCAUGACGCUGGCCUUCCUGGAGAACCAGCUGGCGUCGGCGCUGACGCUGCAGUCGGCGCAGGAGUACCGCUACUGGCUGCUCAUCUACGCCCGCUUCCUGGUCAACGAAGGUUCUGAGUACCGGCUCCGGGAACUCUGUAAAGAACUUCUGGGUCCGGUCCACAAAUCUGCUGCUUCAUCCUGGCAACCAGCAACUUUGGGUCUGCACAAACGCGAGCUGCUGCGGGAGGUUCUGCCCGUCAUCGGAGAGAAUCUGCGCUUUCAGAGACUUUUCACAGAGUACCAGGACCAGCUGGAGCUGCUCCGCCCCAAAUAACACCCGGCCCGACCCGGAUACACACACACUAACACACACGCAGACCGGACCCGCUCAGGUUUGGUCCCGCUCGGCCCGGUUUGGCCUGGAGCCGCUGGGAGUCAGUACCGAGGGGUUUUCUGGGAGUUUCUUCAAACAUGUCUGCCUCUGUUUGGACUCUGGGCCUCUUCAGAACCUCUCCAGAACCCACCGGACCUCUUCAGGACCCACCGGGUCUCUUCAGAACCUCUUCAGAACCCACCAUUUUGCUUCUUUCUCCACUUUUCCCUUUGAUGUCGCCUCUUUUUUUGUCUUUUUUUUUUCCUGUGUUUUCUUUCCCUCCGACCCGAUCCGGGAUUUUCAAUCAUGAAUUUCAUGAGUUGUUUCCAUGGAAACGGUGAGCGAAUGGUCGGAUCCGGCUCCUCAGAACCGAGGCAGAACCCUGGGCGGAGCAGCUCAGUGAGUUCUCCUGCUGUCCAGUCUUUGGGUUCACAGGAAGCACUUAAUGAAGGUUUUUAGAACCAAAUCAGAACCGGAACCGUUGGGACGUCGUGUUUUUAGAAAACAUUCAUUUCCUGCUGGAAUUGAUUAAAAUCAGGAAGUUGAAAUGUUUUAAAGGUCAUAAUGUUCAUCGUAAAGGAAGCGGGGCGGCUGCCGAUGUGGGAAAUCAUCCGAUCAAACGGAAAUGUUUAAUUCUGCAGUUUGACUUUCUGCCAGCAGGUGGCAGCAGCAGCCUCAGUGUGUCGCAGUGAAAACGUUCCCCCUCCGUGUGGGCCCACCGGUCCGUCUGUACAGAAUUUCUCUCUCCUGCUUCUUUUGUGUUUUCGAAUGUUUGUAAAAGUUUUUGUAAUUUUGUUUUGUUUGUUCAUUUUAUAUGAAACAAAACUUGCAGAAAUUUUGUUUUGGAGCAAAAAUGGAGAUUAAAAGUGGAACUGAUGAGUUUGUUAA